AAGACGGCAGCGACCUGCCAGCGCGGGAAAAGUUGCUCUGCAUUCAAGAAUUUUAUAUUAUUUCAUUCAUAAAUUUCAUAAUAUAUUUAAUAUAGUAAAUGCUUACAAAUUGUCAUCAAUCAUUAUUCAUAUCUUCUAUUUUAUGAUAUUUCAUAUAUGUAGAUAUUUUACAACAUCAUAAAAUUAUAUAUAUAGUAUUGUAAUUGCAAAAAUAACAUAUACUAAGGCUCCCUGAUUGACGAUAGUGUAUUUGGUUGUCAUGGUAACGAGGACGCGCUCGCUCGGUCCGUGGUCAACUUAACACUGUAUUGUCUUUUGUUGAAUUUCUUCUUUCAGUUCUUGGUCUUCUACAACAGUAAUCUUGAAAAGAGGUAAAAAUUAUCCAGUAAAACUGUAAACAUCACAUGGAUCAACGAAACGGUUUAUGACAGAAGGAAUUUAAAUAGAUGUAUUGGCAAUAUCAAGAUUUAUGAGGCUAGUGGCGCACACCUUCUACCAGCACAUCAGAAAGUGAAGACCCACCAACACCGGGCGAGGUGCUAUAGUGCUUUGAGUGUGUGAGUGUGGCAGUGUGUGAGUGUGGCAGUGUGUGAGUGUGUGAGUGUGGCAGUGUGUGAGUGUGGCAGUGUGUGAGUGUGGCAGUGUGUGAGUGUGGCAGUGUGUGAGAGUGUGUGAGAGUGUGUGAGAGUAAUGAGUGAUGAGUGGGGAGUGGAGGUGCGGGCCCUCGCCUCCCUCCUGAGGUCUGACGAGGACGAGGACGACGAGGACGAGGACAAUACUCACUCUGCCGUUGCAGACCUAACUCCGGGUGACCUGGCUGUUAGCACCACCUCCGUCAUCAGCAGUGGGUCAAAGGGCACCAGGUCUUCGUCUCAGGUCACCAGGUCUUCGUCUCAGGUCACCAGGACGUCAGCCGAGGUCAACAUUGAUCACCCUGACCUACUAGGUGACAUCUGGGAGGUGGAGGAAGUAAGACCAGGUCAUUGUUGGGAGGAGAGUGACCCUCGACCUCCACCCGAGUACCAGGUCACCUUCAGGCACCAAGUGUCUGCCAGCCAUGUCUUUCUUCCGGUGAGCGUGGCGGGCGUGGAGGACGUGGUGGUGCGGGUGGUGCUGCCGGGGACACUACUGACGGAGGUCACCCUCGAGGUAACCUCCACUACCCUUCGCCUCGCCUCCCCCGCCCACUACCUCCAUAUCCCUCUACCACGCCCAGUCCUCCAGCGCCAGGGUGUGGCCAGCUGGGACCCCUCCACCCACACCCUCACUGUCACCCUCCCGACCGCCCACAGCCCUCACCUCACGCCCACUAUAAUAAACUGAGUGUCGUGGGCGUGCCACGAGGACGAGUAGCGAAGCAGUCGGAAGCACUUUAGAGAUUUUACCUUUGCGGUUCAUGCCAAAUUAUUAAGUUUAUUUAAAGUUUGUUGACACGUCUAUUGAAGAUUUUUAAAAAUGCUUUGAUAUUUGCUAAGAAAUAUUGUUAUUAAUUAGAGCUUUACGUAAAGUUAUCAUGUGUUACAUUUUAAGGCAUAAAACUUAUUUUUAUUACACAUUAAUGUGCGUGACAAAAGUUAUAUUGUAGAAUAUUCUAUAUACGCUUUAGAUAUGUAUACACUAUUUACUGUCGAUGUGUUUUGUUUGUAAUAUAAUAUAUAAUUAUAUAUUACCUAAGAGCCACAAUCUGUCUAGUGGCUUCGACGGGGACAGGAAGCUGUGGGCUUGUCAAAGGUCACCCCCAUUGAUGCUCAGGAUUUUUUCCAACUUGAUUUUGAACCGAAAUAAUGUUUUGACAUUUACGGUUUCGACGGGUAAGCGAUUCCAUGGAUUUAUAACCCUAUAUAUACAGUAUACUGUAGUAUAUUUAAUGUAUUUUAUUUUCAACAAUUUCCAAUCAGUUACAUUUGGGUAAGAAUUUAAGUACAAUUUUACCUAAUAUGGCGUGUAGUAUAGGUGUUAUAUAAAUGUUAUUUAAUAGGAUUGUUCUAUGAAGUUUAAAGAGGCUUUCUUUGGUAAAGGACGAUUUAUAUUUAGCAAGAGCUGGGUACACUGAACAAGAGCUCAGUACAUUACAUAAGAGUUGGAUACAUUCAACAAGAGUUGGGUACAUUCAACAAGAGCUGGGUACAUUCAACAAGAGCUGGGUACAUUCAACAAGAGUUGGGUACAUUCAACAAGAGCUGGGUACAUUCAACACAAGCUGGGUACAUUCAACACAAGCUGGAUACAUUCAACAAGAGUUGAGUACAUUCAACGAGAGCUGGGUACAUUCAAUAAGAGCUGGGUACAUUCAACAAGAGCUGGGUACAUUCAACAAGAGCUGGGUACAUUCAACAAGAGCUGGGUACAUUCAACAAGAGUUGGGUACAUUCAACAAGAGUUGAGUACAUUCAACAAGAGCUGGGUACAUUCAAUAAGAGUUGGGUACAUUCAACAAGAGCUGGGUACAUUCAACAAGAGCUGGGUACAUUCAACAAGAGUUGGGUACAUUCAACAAGAGCUGGGUACAUUCAACACAAGCUGGGUACAUUCAACAAGAGCUGGGUACAUUCAACAAGAGCUGGGUACAUUCAAUAUGAGCUGGGUACAUUCAAUAAGAGCUGGGUACAUUCAACAAGAGCUGGGUACAUUCAACAAGAGCUGGGUACAUUCAACACAAGCUGGGUACAUUCAAUAAGAGCUGGGUACGUUCAAUAAGAGCUGGGUACAUUCAACAAGAGCUGGGUACAUUCAACAAGAGCUGGGUACAUUCAACACAAGCUGGGUACAUUCAACACAAGCUGGGUACAUUCAACAAGAGCUGGGUACAUAUAAGAAAGGUGGACUGGACUUCACUGCCCCACCCACCAUGAAGCCCAACAAGGUCAGGCAAAAAUCAUAUAGGCCGGUAACCCGGGGUUACCAUUGGAGGAUCUGAAGUGUGUCCCAAGGACCAAUAGGGAUACCAACCCUGCAGUGUCCACUUGACCUGAUGUCUUAUUAAGUGGGCUAACUUUAAGAGCCAGUUGAUUGAAGUGGGUCACACUGAACCUCCCAUUUUACCCUGGUCCCUCAAUCAAAGCAGCAUGUUGCCCCCUAGAUGCAGCAGCCACUGGUAGGAUCAACCACAAGAUGGGGGAACAUAGAGGAAUAUGGAGCUAACACACAAGCGGGCAUUUCACUUGUGCACCAUCAUGCCAGGCUGGAGAGGGAGGAAGGAGCCACCCUGACUCAUGGGUGGUGCACAAGAGUCCCCCUCUUCCUUCCCUCACCUUGUUAAGAGCCACUCAUUGAGGGGGUAGCAAAGAUGUGAUUGGCCUUACAAGUCAAACUCAACUGCUCUUUCAAAUCAUCCCCUCCCACUUUCCCACCAUGCUAAAGUGGCAACCUUUAAGGAGGCUUCAGCAACAUUAUUUAUACCAUCACUCAUGAGAAUUUCAGCUUUAAAUUCGGCUAUACUGUAUUACUAUUAACGAAGAUAAAUGUCAUAGAAUUUAAUGUUUAAUUGAAGAAUAAAUAUGGCUCGAAAAC